AUCAGCGCCCCUUUUCAACCACGUUGCCGUUUGGUUGAGCGUGUUAUUUUCUGGCUCACCGCUGUUCAAGUAUUUUUACUGGUUACUUGAUUAAGUCGGCCAGAAAGAAACUCUUGUUUGAUCUGCAAUGGCAGCCUACAAAGAUUCUGGCAAGCCAGUUGAUGCUGGCGAGUCGUGGUCUGUGCAUCGCAUUCGCAUCACACUGACCAGCAGGAAUGUAGCCAGUCUGGAGAAGGUGUGUGCCGACCUGAUCAAGGGCGCAAAGGAGAAGGAGCUUCGCGUGAAGGGUCCCGUGCGAAUGCCUACCAAGACUCUUCGCAUCACCACUCGUAAGACCCCCUGUGGUGAGGGUUCCAAGACUUGGGACAGGUACCAGAUGCGCAUUUACAAGCGUGUUAUUGACCUUCACUCACCAUCGGAGAUCGUCAAGCAAAUUACUUCCAUCAGCAUCGAGCCCGGAGUCGAGGUGGAGGUGACCAUUGCAGACACUUAAAGGCUAAUAAAUGCCAAUAAUGUGGUUCA